AUGGGUGGAUGUGUUUUUCCAUUUCUCCUCUCCCCCUCUUUUUCCUCCCUCUCUAUCUCCCUCCUCCCUCUAUCUCCCCCCCCCCCUUCUUUUUCCCUCUCUAUCUCUCCCUCCCUCCCCCUUUUUCUUUUCCCUCUCCCUCCCUCCCCUUCUUUCCCUCUCCCUCCCUCCCUUUUUUUUUCCCUCUCCCUCUCCCCCCUUCUUUUUUCCCUCUCUCUCCCCCCCCUUCUUUUCCCUCUCUCCCUCCCCUUUUUUCCUCUCUCUCCCUCCCCUUUUUUUUCCUCUCUCUCCCUCCUCCCCCUUUUUUCUCUCUCUCCCCCCUCCCCUCCCCUUCUCUCUCUCCUCCCUCCCCUUCUUUUUCCCUCUCUCUCUCUCCCUCCCCUUUUUCCCUCUUCUCCCUCCCUCUUUUUCCCUCUCUCCUCCCCCUUUUUUCCCCCCUUCUCCCCUCUUCCCCCCUUUUUUCCCCUCUCAUCCCCCUUCCCCCCCUUCUUUUCCCUCUCAUCCCCUCCCCCCUUCUUUUCCCCUCUCAUCCCUUCUUUCCCCUCUCAUCCCCCUUCUUCCCCCUCUUUUUCCCCUUCUUUCCCCUCUCAUCCCCUUCUUUUCCCCUCUCAUCCCCCUUUUUCCCCUCUCAUCCCCCCUUCUUUUCCCCUCUCAUCCCCUUCUUUUCCCCUCUCAUCCCCUUCUUCCCCCUUCUUUCCCCCCUCAUCCCCCCUUCUUCCCCUUCUUUCCCCCCCUCUCAUCCCCUUCUUUCCCCCUUCUUUUUCCCUCUCCCAAUAUGUUUAA